GCUCGCAUCCUUCGACCACAGGCCCAGGUGUUUGGGCAGCUACGCUAUCUCACUGUUUUAACUCGGGACCAUCGAGGCCGCAUGCUUCAUUGCCCGUAUCUUUGACUGAGCCUAACUGCCUCUCAAGAUGAGCUACGCCCACGACGAAGAGAGUGGCGCUGGCCGUGCUGGCCGCCACAUGAGUGUCUCCAACUAUGCCAACAACAUGGGAGCACCUACCUACGACACGACCAGACGCAGGUCGUCUAUUGUCCCUGCUGCAGCUGUCGCAGCACAACAAGACGAGACAGUCUUCAAUCAGAAGGAUGAAACCCUUCGCAAGAUGUCUGUGGCAGUCCCCAACCUGGCUGAGCUCUCUGCCGAUGCCAAAGCUGCCGCAGACUUGGAACACAAGAUGGGCUUCCGCGAGGGCUGCCGGUUGUAUCCCAAAGCCAUCAUGUUCUCCUUCUGUCUGUCUCUCGCCGUCAUCAUGGAGGGAUACGACACCUACCUCCUCGGCAACUUCUUCGGGUUGACCACGUUUGCUCGCAAGUAUGGUUCGCCCGCAGGGAUCGUCGACGGCGUCCAAACUUACCAGGUCUCUGCGGCCUGGCAAUCGGCGCUCACCAACGGCACGGCUGCCGCUCAGAUCAUCGGACUGUUUCUCAACGGCAUCAUCUCCGAGCGCAUCGGAUACCGCUGGACCAUGAUUGGCGCCCUGACCUUCAUCUGUGGAUGCAUUUUCAUCACUUUCUUCGCCGUUGAUGUGCAUAUGCUACUCGCCGGUUACGUCUUGUCCGGUCUCCCCUGGGGUGUCUUCCAAACCCUGACCACCACAUAUGCCGCCGAGGUGACCCCAGUGCCGUUGAGACCGUACCUGACUACCUACGUCAACCUCUGCUGGGUCAUUGGUCAGCUUAUUGCUGCUGGCGUCCUGAAGGGCUUUGUGAACCAGACUGACCAGUGGGCCUAUCGCGUGCCAUAUGCGAUCCAGUGGGUAUGGCCGGUGCCCAUUGGCAUCGCUGCCUUCCUUGCACCGGAGAGUCCGUGGUGGCUUGUUCGCCACGGCAAACUGGAUCAAGCUCGCGCUGCACUGCUCAGGUUGACCUCCAAAAAGAACACUGAAUUCAACGCUGAAGACACAUUGGCUAUGAUGAUCCACACCAACGAGCUCGAGAUCCAGCAAACCGCGGGGACCAACUACUGGGACUGCUUCAAGGGCGUUGACCUGCGCCGAACGGAAGUUACCUGCAUCACCUGGUUGAUUCAACAGACGUCUGGAUCGCCCAUGAUCGGUUGGGGGACCUAUUUCAUGAUCCAGGCCGGCUUGAGCGAAAGCAAUGCGUACUCCCUCGGUGUUGGCCAGAGUGCCAUGGGCUUCCUUGGGACGGUGCUCUCUUGGUUCUUGAUGCCGCACUUCGGCCGUCGCACCUUGUAUCUCGCCGGUCAAUUGGCUAUGUUCAUCAUUCUGAUGAUCAUCGGCGGUCUUGGAGUUCCCAGCCUGUCCACCUCGAUUGGUUGGGCUUCUGGUGCCUUGAUUCUCAUCCUCACCUUCAUCUAUGAUUUCACCGUUGGGCCCGUCUGCUACUCACUGGUGGCUGAGCUUCCGUCCACUCGGCUUCGAAUCAAGACCGUUGUGCUGUCCCGUAACGUGUACAAUAUCAUGGGUAUUAUUGUUGGCACUCUUCAACCUCGCAUGAUGAACCCAACGGCGUGGGGGUGGCGCGGGAAGACAUGCUUCUUCUGGGGCGGUCUGAACAUGUUGGGCUUGAUCUGGACCUAUUUCCGUCUCCCCGAGCCAAAGGGCCUCACCUAUGCCGAACUUGAUGUCUUGUUUGAGAACAAAGUCUCUGCCCGCAAAUUCAAGCAAGUCAAGGUCGACCCGUAUCGCUCGGACAACUUGGUCAUUGUUCCCGACGAGUUUGGCGACUAUGAUGUGGCCGAGAAGAAGGGCUUCUAAGGGGUAUCGUGCUACCAGCGUGACUCGACGGAUAGGUCUGUCAGGCACGUCUGAUUGUUGGGCUUACCUAGUAGGCGGGGUAUAUGGUAAUAGUGGCUUUGUGUCUAAGCAAUGUAGACGCCAUGUUUAGUUGUUUGGAACGAGACAAAACAGGAGAAUUCACCAUGUACAAGGCAACUCUCUCCCAAUAUACUCGAUUGUUUGGUCAUCAUCGACCAUCGACCAUCCC